AUGAUUUUAUUUUUAACGGUGUACGGAAUAUCAUUAGGGUACCAUUUUGCACAAAAAGAAUUGUCUGCUUUUGCUAUGGGUGAAUCAGAAUCAGAAUCAGGAUCAGAAAGCAAAAUAUUACGAAGCAGCGAGGAAGUUUUAAACGAGCCCGUAGUGAGACUAGUCGCCGUCAACAAAUCACAAGGAGAGCAAGCUACAGACUAUAUAUCAGGCCUCUACGAGACCACGCCCGUUAUUGAACCUAUGUUCAUAGAGACUUCAGCGACGCCAAUCUUUGUGCUGGAAAGUGAAAGGCCGGCAAAAGAACCGGUACUAACACCCAAUGAAAGAGAAUUGGCGCGAAGGCUUAUCGGGAGAUUUCGUCGAGCAAGGAGAAAUAACUCCACCAGCAUUUCAUUACUUAGUCCAGAAAAUAAUAACACUGUUACUGCUUCAUACACUAACACACUAGUGACGGCGUAG